CAGAAACACUACAAGGAGCAUUUAAAGAGUGAAACUGUCAGUGAUGUGAGACACUGCUUUUCAGCAGCUCGGCUGGACUGUGAUCUCACCAUGUUUAUCCACUGUGAGCUGCUCAUACUGAUACUUGUGCUGAUUAAUGAUGGACAAGCUGUUAUAGGAGGUCAUGAGGCUGUACCACACAGCAGGCCGUACAUGGUGCUUUUGGAGUGGCACUUUGAGGAUGGUAAAAAAGGACACUGUGCAGGCUUCCUGCUGAACGAGGAUUUUGUGAUGACUGCUGCCUCCUGCCGAGCCAGGUCCUACACAGUCUUUCUAGACGUUCAACAUUUCCCAAGAGAGAGUAAGAGUGGUGAAGUAAAGAAUAUAUCCGUGGAACAAACAUUUACACAUGAAGACUUUGACGCAACAUAUUACAAAAAUAACAUAAUGCUUCUUAAGUUGAGCACCAACGCAAAGUUCAGCAAAAAUGUGAGACCUAUUGCUCUCGCAGACCAAGGUGAUGGUUCUCUGCCACAAUCAUGCAGCAUCUCCGGCUGGGGAAGAACAGACAGGGACUCAAAAUAUAUGUCUAACGUACUCAUGGAGGUGAAUGUAACACCUACUGACAGUGAGCAGUGUGCUUGUGAGCACUUAUACUGCACUGAGGGAGACAUUGGGCCGAGUAAGGGAGAUGCUGGUGGUCCACUGGUCUGUGAUGGAAAGGCAUACGGCGUGGCGUCCUCAAUCUAUGAAAUUGAUGGCCAGGUUACAUACACUUAUUCUAAGAUUCCUUACUACAGAAACUGGAUUGAUUCAACCAUGAAAAAUGCGUUAAAAAGUACAACUUUUUUUUGUUUGGCACAUUAAGUCAAAAGCCUAAAUAUAUGUGAUUGUGGUUUGGUUCAUUUAGAGAGUGAUAACUUCUGACUUUUUAUGGCAUGGCUGUUUUUUUCUGUUGCUGCGUCUUAAGCUUUUUUUUUGUUUUGUUAGAAAACUGUUGAUUAUCGGAAGCAAAGUUAAGUGUGGACUCAUUGCUGUUUAACAGAUGUA